AUGUCGGACCGGAGCGCCCCGGUGUGCCGGCUCAGACUGGACUGGGUCUACGGGUACCGGGGCCACCAGUGCCGGAAUAACCUGUACUACACCGCCGGGAAGGAGGUGGUGUACUUUGUGGCCGGGGUCGGCGUGGUUUACAACACCAGAGAGCACAGCCAGAGGUUUUACCUGGGACACAACGACGACAUCAUCAGCCUGGCGUUGCACCCGGAGCGCUCCCUGGUGGCGACGGGUCAGGUGGGUAAGGAUCCCUAUGUGUGUGUGUGGGACUCCUUCACCGUCCAGACCGUCUCUCUGCUCCGGGACGGACACACACACGGCAUCGCCUGCCUCGCAUUCAGUGCUGACGGACAGAGGUUAGCCUCGGUCGGCCUGGAUGCCAAGAACACAGUCUGUAUCUGGGAGUGGAAGAGAGGGAAGAUCCUGGCUACAGCCACCGGACACUCAGACCGGAUCUUCGAUGUCAGCUGGGAUCCAUUUCAACAAAACCGUCUGGUGAGCUGUGGAGUCAAACACAUCAAGUUCUGGUCCCUGUGUGGUAACGCUCUCACUCCAAAGAGAGGGAUUUUCGGGAAGACAGGCGACCUGCAGACGAUCUUGUGUGUGGCGUCUGCUAAAGAUGACUUGACGUACUCCGGAGCGCUCAACGGGGACAUUUACGUCUGGAAGCUCCUCAACCUGAUACGAACAAUUCAGGCUGCACACUCGGCUGGCAUCUUCAGCAUGUAUUCCUGUGAGGAGGGUUUUGCAACGGGAGGCAGAGACGGCUGCAUCCGACUGUGGGACGCCGACUUCAAACCGAUCACCAAGAUCGACCUCCGAGAGGCCGAGCAGGGUUACAAAGGUCUGUCUAUUCGCAGCGUCUGCUGGCGAGCCGACCGGAUCCUGGCGGGAACUCAAGACAGCGAAAUCUUUGAGGUGAUGGUGAGGGAUCGGGACAAGCCGCUGCUGAUCAUGCAGGGUCACAGCGAGGGCGAGCUCUGGGCGCUGGACGUUCACCCCAAAAAACCUCUGGCUGUCACCGGCAGCGACGACCGCUCCGUCAGGUUGUGGAGUCUGGUGGAUCACGCCCUCAUCGCUCGCUGCAACAUGGAGGAGGCGGUGCGAAGCGUGGCGUUCAGCGUGGACGGAUACCAGCUGGCUCUGGGCAUGAAGGACGGAUCCUUCACUGUGCUGAGAGUCAGAGACAUGACGGAGGUCGUUCACAUCAAAGACAGGAAGGAGGUGAUCCAUGAGAUGAAGUUUUCUCCAGACGCAGCGUACCUCGCUGUCGGCUCCAACGAUGGACUCGUGGACAUCUACGCUGUCGCCCAGAGAUACAAGAAGGUAGGAGAAUGCGGUAAAUCAGCCAGUUUCAUCACUCACCUGGACUGGUCUCUGGACAGCAAAAUCCUGCAGACCAACGACGGAGCUGGAGAACGCCUCUUCUACCGAAUGCCCAUGGGGAAGCCGAUCCUCAGUAAGGAGGAGGUCAAAGGUCAGCGCUGGGCGUCCUGGAGUUGCGUCCUGGGCUCCGAGGUCAGCGGCAUCUGGCCUAAAUACUCUAAUCUAACCGAGAUCAACGCGGUGGAUGCCAAUCACGCUGCCGCUGUACUUGUUACCGGGGACGACCUCGGCCUUGUUAAGCUCUACCGCUUCCCCUGUCUGAGGAAAGGAGCUAAAUUCAAGAAGUACAUCGGUCACUCUGCCCAUGUGACCAACGUCCGCUGGUCACAUGACCUGCAGUGGGUUCUGACCACAGGUGGGGCCGACCACGCCCUCUUCCAGUGGAGGUUUCUACCAGAGUCGGUCAUGAACGGAGGACUGGAUACCAACAUACAAGACAGUCAUGUGGACUCCAACAGUGAGGAGUCGGACAGCGACGUGUCAGAUGUCCCGGAGCUCGACUCCGACAUUGAGCAAGAAACACAGAUCAACUACGACAGACAGGUGUAUAAGGAGGACCUUCCUCAGUUGCGACAGCAGAGCAGAGAGAAGAAGCUGCAGGUUGGAUCUCUGAAGAGACAGAGAGGACCAGACCAAGGCCUCCGGCUGCAGUUUGUUCACGGGUACCGUGGUUACGACUGCAGGAACAACCUGUUCUACACUCAGGGCGGGGAGGUGUUGUACCACGUGGCGGCGGUGGGCGUGGUAUACAACCGGCAGCUGCACAGCCAGCGCUUCUACCUCGGCCACGACGACGACAUCCUGAGCGUCAGCAUCCACCCGCUGAAGGACUACGCUGCUACGGGACAGGUGGGCAGAGACCCGGCCAUCCAUGUGUGGGACAUCCAGACUCUAAAGUGUCUCUCUUUGCUGAGAGGUUUCCACCAGAGAGGAGUGUGUGCUCUGGACUUCUCAGCUGAUGGAAAGAGUCUGGUGUCCGUGGGAGUCGAUGACGGACAUUCAAUUGUCGUCUGGGACUGGAAGAGAGGAGAGAAACUCGCUACUGCCAGAGGUCACAAGGAGAAGAUAUUCGUGGUGAAGUGUAAUCCCAUGCUGAUGGACAAACUGGUCACUGUGGGAAUCAAACACAUCCAGUUCUGGCAACAUGCAGGUGGCGGUCUGACCUUCAAGCGUGGUGCGUUCAGGAGCGUUGGCCGGCCGGAGACCAUGAUGUCGGUGUGUUACGGCCGCAGCGAGGCGCUGGUGUUCUCCGGCGCCGCCACCGGAGACGUUUACAUCUGGAAGGAAGCACUGCUGCUGAAAACAAUGAAAGCCCACGAUGGACCGGUGUUCGCCAUGUUCUCCCUUGACAAGGGCUUUGUGACGGGCGGUAAGGACGGUGUGGUGGAGCUGUGGGACGACAUGUUUGACCGCUGUCUGAAGACGUACGCCAUCAAGAGAGCGUCGCUGUCCCCGGGCUCUAAAGGCCUGCUGCUGGAGGACAACCCGUCCAUCAGGGCCAUCACUCUGGGACACGGUCACAUCCUGGUGGGAACCAAAAACGGAGAAGUUCUGGAGAUCGACAAGACCGGACCCAUGACCCUGCUGGUGCAGGGUCACAUGGAGGGAGAGGUCUGGGGUCUGGCCCCUCACCCCCUCCUCCCCGUCUGUGCCACCGUCAGCGACGAUAAAACCCUGCGUCUGUGGGAGACGUCGGCCAAUCACCGCAUGGUGGCCGUCCGCAAGCUGAAGAGAGGCGGUCGCUGUUGUGCCUUCUCCCCCGAUGGAAAGGCGUUGGCCGUCGGUCUGAGCGAUGGUGGCGUGCUGGUGGUGAACGCCGACACACUGGAGGAUCUUCUGAGCUUCCACCAUCGCCGAGACGCCAUCUCUGACGUCCGCUUCACCCCAGACUCAGGUAAAUUCCUGGCAGUGGCGUCACAUGACAGCUUCGUGGACAUCUACAAUGUGCUGACCAGUAAGAGGGUGGGGAUCUGCAAAGGGGCGACCAGUUACAUCACACACAUCGACUGGGACGCUCGAGGUAAACUGCUGCAGGUGAACACAGGAGCCAAAGAGCAACUUUUCUUUGAAGCCCCGAGAGGAAGCAGACAAACCAUCAGAAACUCUGAGCUGGAGCGAGUCGAGUGGUCCAGCUGGACGUCUGUUCUGGGUUCCAGCUGUGACGGCAUCUGGCCGACGCACAGCGACAUCACCGACAUCAACGCCGCGUCGCUCACCAGAGAUAGAACGCUGCUCGCCACCGGAGACGACUUUGGCUUCCUCAAACUGUUCGGAUACCCCGUUAGAGGUCAGUACGCUCGUUUUAAGCGUUACGUGGGCCACAGCGCUCAGGUGACAAACGUCCGCUGGGCUCAGGACGACUCCGCCCUGCUGACGGUGGGCGGAGCCGACACCGCCCUGAUGAUCUGGGCGAGGGAGCGAGGAGGAGGGCUCAGCGCAGAGGGGGAGGGGCCUUUGAGUUGCGAUAACCGACCCACCGUUGACAGCGAGGAGUCGGACGACGACAUCGAAGAGGACGGAGGCUACGACAGUGACGUUGCCCGAGAGAAGACGGUGGAUUACACCACUAAGAUGUACGCCGUCAGCAUCAGAGAGAUGAGAGGAACAAAACCACACCACCAGCUGAAGGAGGUGUCUGCUGAGGAGAGGUAUACACACAGACAAACACACACACACACACACUGGAGGCAGGGCAUUGUCAAGCCUCCGGUGAGUCGAGCGGCGCCGCAGCCUGAGAAACUCCAGAAGAACAACAUCUCCAAGAAGAAGAGGCUGGUGGAGGACAUGGUUUUGGAUCACGUGUUUGGUUUUCGGGGCUACGAUUGUCGCAACAACUUGCACUACCUCAACGACGGCACCGACAUCGUGUACCACACUGCUACCACCGCCAUCGUCCACAGUCUCUCCACUGGAACCCAGAGUUUCUACCUGGAACACACUGAUGACAUCCUCUCUCUGACCGCCAAUCAGCACCCGAAAUACAAAAAUGUCAUCGCCACCGGACAGAUCGGUGACGUCAGUGAACUGCCAGGCACCACUCCUUCCAUCCAUGUGUGGGAUGCGAUGAGUAAACAGACUCUGUCCAUCCUCCGCUGUCCUCACACUAAAGGCGUCGGCUACGUUAACUUCAGCGCCACAGGGAAGCUGCUGCUGUCUGUUGGAGUGGAACCUGAACACACCAUCACUGUGUGGCGCUGGCAGGAAGGGUCCAAGGUGUGCAGUAGAGCCGGACACCCGGACCGGAUCUUCGUGGUGGAGUUUCGGCCGGACUCGGACUCCCAGUUUGUGUCGGUGGGAAUUAAACAUGUAAAGUUCUGGACGCUGGCCGGCGGCGCUCUGAUGUACAAGAAGGGCGUGGUGGGGACGGUGGAGGACGGCAGGAUGCAGACGAUGCUGUCUGUCGCCUUCGGGGCUAAUAACUUGACGUUCACUGGAGCCAUUAACGGGGACGUGUACGUGUGGCGGGAUCACUACCUGCUGAGGGUGGUGGCGAAGGCUCACACCGGGCCGGUCUUCACCAUGUACACCACGCUGAGAGACGGACUCAUCGUCACCGGCGGCAAGGAGAGGCCGACUAAGGAGGGCGGUGCGGUGAAGCUCUGGGAUCAGGAGAUGAAACGUUGUCGAGCCUUCCAGCUGGAGACGGGGCAGCAGGUGGAGUGUGUCCGAUCCGUCUGCAGAGGCAAAGGUAAGAUCCUGGUGGGGACGAAGGACGGUGAGAUCAUCGAGGUCGGGGAGAAGAACGCAGCGUCCAACUUGCUGCUGGACAGUCACGCUCGGGGAGGCAUCUGGGGUCUGACUGCUCAUCCUACGAAAGAGCUCUGCAUCACCGCCAGUGACGACGCCACCAUCCGACUGUGGGACCUCACUGACAAGAAAUUGUUGAACAAGGUGUGUGUCGGCCACGCGGCUCGGUGUGUGAGCUACAGUGCGGACGGAGAGAUGCUGGCUGUGGGGAUGAAGAACGGCGAGUUCCUCCUCCUCCUCGCCAACUCGCUGAAGAUGUGGGCGAAGAAACGAGAUCGAAGUGUUGCCAUCCAGGACAUCCGAUUCAGUCCGGACCGGCGGCUGUUGGCGGUCGGUUCUGUGGAGAACACGGUGGAUAUCUACGAUGUGAGCGGAGGACCGACUCUGAGCCGCCUGGUUUACUGCAGCGACAUCCCUGCUUUCAUCCUGCAGCUGGACUUCUCUGCUGACAGCUGCUACAUACAGGUGUCCACAGGAGCUUAUAAGCGGCAGGUGUUUGAGGUUCCUUCAGGGAAGUCGGUGGACGACCAGACCAUCAUCGACAGAAUCACCUGGGCAACCUGGACCAGCAUUCUGGGGGAUGAAGUUUUGGGGAUUUGGCCGCGAAACGCAGACAAAGCUGAAGUGAACUGUGCGUGUGUGUCUCACGCCGGUAUGAACGUCGUCACCGGUGACGACUUCGGAUUGGUCAAACUGUUCGACUUUCCCUGCACAGAGAAGUUUGCCAAACACAAGCGCUACCUCGGCCACUCGGCUCAUGUGACCAAUAUACGCUUCUCCCAUGAAGACAAAUAUGUGAUCAGCACAGGAGGAGACGACUGCAGUGUGUUUGUGUGGAAAUGCCUGUAA